UAACGCUGAAUGAAGCGGAAACCAAGCUGUUGUUGUGGUCCUGUGUGUUAUUGGGCUGUGGCUGGAAAAUGGACACUGACAUUAGCGCACUUUAACACGUAAAUGUGGAUAUAUUCGUAAAUUAAAGGAGACGCGUUUGUAGUUUAACAUCUUCUCCGAGCAGGUCUAUUUUGAGGAGGAAGGAUGACUGCCAUAAAGCACGCUCUUCAGAGGGACAUCUUUACUCCCAAUGAUGAGCGCCUGCUCAGCAUCGUCAACGUCUGCAAGGCAGGGAAGAAGAAGAAGAACUGUUUCCUCUGUGCCACAGUGACAACAGAACGUCCUGUACAGGUCAAGGUGGUGAAGGUGAAGAAGUCAGACAAAGGAGACUUCUACAAGAGACAGAUGGCCUGGGAGCUCCGUGACUUGGCAGAGGUUGAUGCCAAAGAUGCUACCAAGGAGAACCCUGAGUUUGACCUGCACUUUGAGAAGGUUUAUCGCUGGGUGGCCAGCAGCACAGCAGAGAAGAACUCCUUCAUUUCCUGCAUCUGGAAACUGAACCAGCGUUACCUAAGGAAGAAAGUAGAGUUCGUCAAUGUCAGCGCCCAGCUGCUAGAAGAGCUUCCUAAAGCUGAAGAGUCAGUACCCAGCGGUGAGAGCCAGAGUGUUGCCGGGGGUGACGAGGAUACUCUGGAUGACUACCAGGAGCUGAAUGCUCGGGAGGAGCAGGACAUUGAGAACAUGAUGGAGGUGUGUGAAUACGCCAUCUCCAAUGCUGAGGCCUUCGCAGAGAAACUCUCCCGGGAGCUGCAGGUCCUGGAUGGGGCAAACAUCCAGUCAAUCAUGGCAUCAGAGAAGCAGGUAAACAUUCUUAUGCAGCUGCUGGAUGAGGCUCUGACUGAAGUGGACACCAUUGAGGCCAAACUGCUGAGUUACGAGGAGAUGCUGCAGAGUGUCAAGGAGCAGAUGGACCAGAUCUCACAGAGCAACCGACUCAUUCAGAUCAGCAACACAAACAACAGCAAACUGCUGGACGAGAUCCAGUUCCUAGUGAAUUACAUGGAUCUGUCUAAAGGGCAUAUAAGAGCUCUGCAAGAGGGAGACCUGUCGACUCCUAAAGGCAUCGAGGCUUGCAUCAACGCCUCAGAGGCUCUGCUGCAGUGCAUGAAUGUAGCACUCCGUCCAGGUCAUGAUAAGCUGACGGCCGUGAAGCAGCAGCAGAGUCUGUUCAAUGAUCUCAGAGGCAUUUUCGCCCGACGCCUCACCAACCACCUCAACAAUGUGUUUGUACAGCAGUUCAACCACUUCAGUCACUUCAAAAUGACCAUCCCUCAAUUCUAUAGGUCGUCCUGUUUGUCACUCCCUGGUCAUGAUCAGAGCUCAACACUGUCUCAGCACACGGCAGAGCUCACCCUGCCCAAGCACAACCCACUGCACAGGGAUCUGCUCAGAUACGCCAAACUGAUGGAGUGGCUAAAGAACACGCAGCGAGAGAAGUAUGAGGGCCUGUCCAGGACCUAUGUUGACUACAUGACUCGAUUAUAUGAGAGGGAAAUCAAAGAUUUCUUCGAGGUUGCAAAAAUCAAAAUGGCGGGAACUACAAAGGAAGGGAAGGGAAAGUUUGCCACGCUUCCUCGGAAAGAGAGCGCUCUCAAACAGGAGACCGAAAGCCUGCAUGGGAGCUCAGGGAAACUGACUGGUUCCACGUCCAGUCUCAACAAGCUGGCGGUCAGCAGCUCCAACAGCCGCCGCUCACAGUCCUCCUCUCUGCUCGACAUGGGCAACAUGUCUGCCUCUGACCUGGACGUGGCAGAUAGGACCAAGUUUGACAAGAUCUUCGAGCAAGUGCUCAGCGAGUUAGAGCCACUGUGUCUUGCUGAGCAGGAUUUCAUAAGCAAGUUCUUUAAGCUGCAGCAGCAGCCAGCUCUGGCUCAGGGAGAAAACACAGAUGAUUCUGAUGGCGCAGCCCACUCCAGACCAGUCAGCGAGCACAGACACUCCAUUUCAUCAGAGAAAGACAUGGUCCGGCAGAUGAUGAAUAAGAUCUUCCAGAGCAUUGAGACAGAGCUGAACAGUCUUAUAGCGCUCGGCGAUAAGAUUGACAGCUUCAACUCGCUCUACAUGCUGGUGAAGAUGAGCCACCACGUGUGGACAGCUGAGAACGUGGACCCUGCCUCUUAUCUCAGCACUACCCUGGGCAACGUCCUGGUCACCGUGAAGAGGAACUUCGACAAGUGCAUUUCUGGGCAGAUCAAGCAGAUGGAAGAUGUGAAGAUUUCUAAGAAGAGUAAGGUAGGGAUCCUGCCCUUCGUCACAAGCUUUGAGGAGUUUGCCGAACUGGCAGAGACCAUUUUUCGUAAUGCGGAACGGCGGGGUGAUCUGGAUAAGGCGUACAUCAAACUCAUCAGAGCUGUCUUCAUGAACGUGGAGAAAGUGGCCAAUGAAAGUCAGAAGACUCCACGUGAUGUGGUGAUGAUGGAGAAUUUCCAUCAUAUCUUCUCCACUCUGUCGCGCCUCAAGAUCUCGUGCCUGGAGGCGGAGAGAAAAGAAGCCAAGCACAAAUACACAGACCAUCUGCAGUCUUACGUCAUCAACUCACUGGGACAGCCGCUAGAAAAGCUCAAUCACUUCUUCGAGGGGGUCGAAGCGCGAGUGGCUCAGGGUGUGCGGGAAGAGGAGGUAAGCUACCAGUUGGCCUUCAACAAACAGGAGCUGAGAAAGGUGAUUAAAGAAUACCCAGGAAAAGAGGUGAAGAAAGGCCUGGACAACCUCUACAAGAAGGUGGACAAGCACCUAUGCGAGGAAGAGAGUCUUCUACAGGUGGUGUGGCACUCUAUGCAGGAUGAGUUCAUCCGGCAGUACAAGCACUUUGAGGGGCUGAUAAACCGCUGCUAUCCUGGCUCAGGCAUCACAAUGGACUUCACAAUUCAGGACAUGCUGGAGUACUUCUCCAGUAUCGCUCAGUCCCACUAGAACUGGAAAAAGAGAGCAUGUGUGUCGGGAUCACAGACAGUACGGAAGAGGUGCGUGUGAGUACUGAGAGAAAAAGAGGAAGAUACUUUGAGUUUGUCAUUGUAAGGGGAUAUGCAGUUGUGAGUAUGUCAUACAUGAAUUCAAAUUCUUUGGUUUUAAUGCUUAUCAAAGAAGCAUCAUUGCUCAAGAAACACUAGAGACUAGAGCAAGGUGAGGGAACUCUGAUCCCAGAGGGGCCGGAUUCCAGCAAAGUUUGGUGAUUUUCCUUCUCAAACAGCAACCUUAAAGGUUUAGUUGGUGUGUUGGAGCAGGGAACUCGCCACAAACUGGCUGUCAGUUUCCCCUACUGCCAGAGGGUUCACAUUUUUGUUCCCACCCAGCCUGCACUAACAGAUUGUGGAUGAUCAGGGACGCCCUGAGGACCGGUUUAAGAACAACAAGCAUACCUGCUUCAUCCAAUUCCACCCACAUUGAAUUUGCAGCAAAAUACCAUUAAGAAGGCUGGGUUUAUGGACUUUUUGAAAAUUCUGUACAAGAUUACUGUCUUUUGUUUUUUGUCUUAUUACAGCAGCAGAAUGGUGACACUACUUGAAAAGAACACUGGUAAUGAAUUUCACAUUACAAUGACUGAACUUGUUAAUCGGUUUUGUAAAGUCACACUGUAACACGCUUUCACUCUGUUGAAUUGCACUUGUAAUAAGCAACCAAUGCCAAAUGUAAAAUAAAAUAGUAAAAACGUCA